UUCAAGAAAAAAAAAAAAAAAUAGUAAGAAUAAAAGUUAACAGUCAUCAUCUUUCUUCCUAUUUAGAUUUUUUAUUCUUCCCCCCAAAAUUCGUGGGUGUCUUGCACUUGGUAUCUCACCAUGAAAACAAAGUAAAUUAAAAAAAAAAAAUGAUUGAAGAAAGAAGUAGCAUAAGAAACUCUCCAGGCUUUACAUGAAGAAAGGUCUGUUGAAUUCCUGCAUGCCAAUUUUAUUUCUUUCAUUAUUCAUUUUCCUAUCCCUUUUACCGAUGAAAUGAGAUUCAAGCUUCGCAAUCUUCUCCUAAUUUUCUCAACGGUCUGUAUAUUCCUAAAUCCAUUCCAUAUCUCCGGCAGCCCGCUGCUCCUGACAUGCGGGCCCAACACCGGGGGCACGGAUGCCGACGGCCGCAAAUGGGAGCCCGACGGCAAGUACCUGGUCGCCGGCGACGACAAAUCCACCGCCGCUAAAGCCGGGUUGCAAGACCCUUCUCUACCGUCCUAUGUGCCCUACAUGUCCGCCCGGAUUUUCCAAUCGGAAUCGACCUACCAAUUUCCCCUCCAAAACUCGAGCUCCCGCACGCUCCUCCGCCUCCAUUUCUACCCUUCACCCUACCCAAACGUCGACGUUUCGAAAUCGUACUUCUCCGUCGUGGCCGGAUCGAUGCUCUUGCUCAACAAUUUCAGCGCGUAUAUAACAGCAGAAGCCCUGUCGCAAUCCUAUCUGGUGAAGGAAUACUACCUCACGCCGCCGCGAUCCGCGUCUCUCAACGUCACUUUCCGGCCGGCUGACAACUCAUUCGCCUUCAUCAACGGCGUCGAGGUGAUCGCCGCGCCGGAGAUCUUCGACAACGAACCGCUGCUGGUCGGCUCCUACAUCGACGCCCGAACGUUCACGACGGUUCCCGUCACCGCUUCAAGCAUGGAGAUGUCGUACAGGCUGAACGUCGGCGGCCAAUUCAUCUCUCCGAUGAAUGACUCCGACGGACUGAUGCGGACGUGGUACGAUGAUAGUGUCUACAUCUACGGUGCCGGCCACGGUGUGGCCUUGCAAGCCGACACCAGAGUCGGUUACAAGAAGAUGCCACCGUAUACGGCACCGUUGGACGUGUACCGGACUUAUAGAUCCAUGGGGGCCUACGCGGACGUGAACAAAGUCUCGAAUCUGACGUGGAUAUUCGAGAUCGAUCCUGGUUUUAUGUAUCUUGUUAGAUUGCAUUGGUGUGAUUCGGAGAUGGUGAAGGUGAAUCAAAGAGUUUUCGACGUGAUGAUAAACAAUAUGACUGCGGCUCAUGAGGUGGACUUAUUUGGUUGGACUAAUGCUAUCGCCACGCCGGUUAGGAAGGAUUAUGUUGUGAUCACAGAGAAUGUGACAGGCAACGACGAUACUCACAUGUGGGUUUCCCUGGUUCCGACAAAUCAAACGAGGCCUGAAUUUAUGGAUGUUCUUUUAAAUGGAUUGGAAAUAUUCAAGAUGAGUGACAACGUUGAAUCCACUCUCGCCGGCCCUAAUCCGAUGAUCUCGGAUUUGAUGAGGAAGUAUUUGGAAGGCCACAGGAUGGGGCUCAAGGAUUUUGAAGAGAAUGAUUCCACAAUCAUCAUUACUUUUGGCGCGGGCGGGGCCGCGGCGGUUGGUGUCGCGACCGCCGUCAUUUGCGUUGUCUACCGUAGGAAGAGGAAGGCGACUGCCGGCGGGGAUUCGAGGACUAGUUGGUUGCCGAUUUCUUGGAACUCCAACACUAACACGACCAAAUCCUCUACCGCAGGUAAAAAUCAAACCCUGGUGGCCAUAUCAACAGACGCUGCCAGCAACUGCCGCCACUUCAGCUUAGUUGAGGUCACGAGUGCUACCGACAACUUCGACGAGUCCAACGUUAUCGGAGUUGGUGGUUUCGGGAAGGUAUAUAAAGGUGUGAUUGACGGCGGAACCAAGGUGGCGAUCAAGAGAUCGAACCCGUCUUCAGGGCAAGGAGUGAAUGAGUUUGUAACUGAAAUCGAGAUGCUGUCGAGGCUAAGACAUAGACAUUUAGUCUCAUUGAUUGGGUUCUGUGAGGAUAAUGGAGAAAUGAUCUUAGUUUAUGAUUACAUGGGGCGUGGAACAUUGAGAGAGCAUCUCUACAAGGGCAAUGAAACAACCCUGUCGUGGAAGCAGAGGCUCCAAAUUUGCAUCGGGUCGGCCCGCGGGCUUCAUUAUCUCCACACGGGGGCAAAGUACACCAUCAUCCAUCGAGACGUCAAGACCACGAAUAUCCUCCUUGACGACAAAUGGGUCGCCAAGGUGUCCGAUUUCGGGCUCUCGAAAACAGGCCCCACGAUGGAUAAAGGCCACGUCAGCACCGCGGUCAAAGGCAGCUUCGGCUAUUUGGACCCUGAAUACUUUAGCAGGCAACAAUUGACCGACAAGUCUGACGUGUACUCGUUCGGAGUAGUAUUAUUCGAAGUCUUGUGCGCAAGGCCCGCCUUGAGCCCGAACUUGCCACAAGACCAAGUCAGCCUAGCUGAUUGGGCGGCCCGAAAUGUAAGAAAUGGAACCGUGGAAAAUAUCAUUGAUCCCGCACUGAAAGGAACCGUCAGCCCUGAUUCCCUAGCCAAAUUCGUCGAGAUGGCGGCAAAAUGUUUGGCCGAUCACGGCGGACAUCGCCCCUCCAUGGGCGACGUCCUAUGGAGCUUAGAAAUGGUGCUCCAGUUGCAAGAGACAUAUGAGAGCAGCGGAGCUAUGGAGGGCCCAGAAGAAGGAAGGAGUGUUGAAUAUGAUCGAGAAAAUGAUGGAGAGAAAAAUGAGACUACAGGUUAUGAGGAAAAUGAUCAUACUUUUUCACUCUAUGUAAACCAAGAAGGCCGUUGA